AUGGCUCACUAUAAGGAUGUAUCUGUCAGGAAGACUUCUUUAAAUCUGGUGACUGGAUUUUUUCAGUAUCUUCGUGAUGAGCAAGAGGCAGUCCAGAAGAGAACCUUUACAAAAUGGAUCAAUUCUCAUUUAGCCAAGCAUAAACCACCACUAGAGGUAAAUGACCUGUUUGAGGACAUCAAAGAUGGGGUGAAGCUCUUGGCACUGUUGGAGGUCCUGUCUGGCCAAAGACUACCUUGUGAGCAAGGCCGCCAGCUGAAGAGGAUCCACUGGGUUUCCAACAUCGGCACUGCACUCAAAUUCCUUGAAGGCAGGAAGAUCAAACUUGUUAACAUUCAUGCGACUGACAUCGCAGAUGGCCGACCAUCAAUUGUCCUUGGGUUGAUAUGGACCAUUAUCCUCUACUUCCAGAUUGAAGAGUUAACCAGUAACCUGCUAGCCCUCCAGGCUCUGUCCAACAGCAACUCUUCUGUGGAGAGUAUCACCAGCUCUGAAACAGGAAGCCCUCCGAUGAAGAGGAAGGUGGUUAACAAAUUCAAGGGGAAUGCCAAGAAGGCCCUGCUCAAAUGGGUGCAGUGUACAGCGGCCAAGGAUUUUGGAAUUGAGGUGAAGGACUUUGGUCCCAGCUGGCGCGAUGGGGUUGCAUUCCAGUCAGUGGUGCACGCAAUCAGACCUGACCUGGUGGACAUGGAGGUGGUACGGCGAAGAAGCAACAGGGAGAAUUUAGAGGAGGCCUUUGCACUCGCAGAAAAUGAAUUGGGCAUUCCUCGUCUGCUGGAUCCAGAAGAUGUGGACGUAGACAAGCCAGAUGAGAAAUCCAUCAUGACGUAUGUAGCUCAGUUUCUGAAGCACUAUCCAAACCCCCAACAUUCUGAGACCGACGGACAGCAGGAUGAGAGAGAGGAACGGAAGAUGCUGAGAGAACUAAAGGUGUUUUUAGAUCAGCUGGAGAGAGAUGUGCUGAGGGCCCAAGGAACAGAGGCAAGCCUCACUGACAAAUAUCAGGCAUUUAAGAACUUCCGUGUGCAGUAUGAAAUGAAGAAAAAGCAGACAGAUCCACUCUUACAGCCAGUCCAAAAGGAUGGCAAGCUCUCUGUGGAUCAAGCUCUGGUCAAGCAGGCCUGGGACCGUGUGUCUGCCAGGCUGCUGGACUGGCACAUCCAUCUGGACAAGUCCCUGCCUGGGCCUCUGGGAGUGAUUGGUGCCUGGCUGCACAGAGCAGAGAUGGCUCUGAGAGAGGACAUUCCCAUCCAACAUGCUCAUGAAGAGACAGCCAAUGUUCUUCACAGAAAGCUAGAGCAACAUAAGGAGGUAUUAAAAAGCUUGGAGUCUCACAGGCAAACCUUCCAGCAGAUCCACAGGGACAGAUCAGUGAAUGGGGUUCCCGUCCCACCUGAGCAGCUCCAAGAUAUGGCAGAACGGUUCAACUUUGUGUCUACGUCAUCACACGCUCACUUGAUCAAACUGGAAUUCUGGGAAAUGAAGUAUCGGCUGAUGGCAUUUCUUAUGUUGGCUGAAUCAAAGCUCAAGUCCUGGAUCAUUAAAUAUGGCCGACGGGAUUCAGUUGAACUUCUAUUACAAAGCUACCUUACAUUUGUUGAAGGCCACAGAUUUUUUGAGCAGUAUGAGAUAAUCUUCACGGAUCUCAAGCAAGCUGCAGAGGUUUAUGUUAAGUCUGACAGUUCGAGGUCUAAGACCUGUAACAGAGUUGAUGAAGCAGAGGGAGUGAGUAAAUUCCUCAGUGAUACGACAGCUCAGUGGAAGAACCUGGCUUUGGAGGUGCGCAGUGUACGCAGCAUGCUGGAGGAGGUGAUCACUAACUGGGAGAAGUAUAGUAGCACAGUGGCAGCUCUGCAGGCCUGGCUGGAGGAUGCCGAGCAGAUGCUAAGUCAGUCAGAGAAUGCCAAACGUGAUUUUUUCAGAAAUCUCUCUCACUGGAUCCAGCAGCACAUGGACAUGAAUGACGCUGGGAACUUUCUCAUUGAGACAUGCGAUGAAACGGUCUCACGGGAUCUAAAGCAGCAGCUUCUGCUGCUGAAUGGGAGAUGGAGGGAACUGUUUGUCAAAGUCAAACAUUAUGCAAGAGCAGAUGAGGUUGAUAAGCUGAGGCAAGACUACCAAGAUGGGAUUAAUACGCUUAAGAUGUUCAUGGAUGCAACCAAUGAGAAGAUGACAGCUCCUAUCCAAGUUUCUUUUCUGAAUGUCAGAGCCUUUGUCCAAGAUGUUGAGGAAAUUAAGCACAAAUUGCCAGCUAUGGAAGCAGCCUGUAAGGCAGCAAGCCGCACAGCUCAGCUGUUAACCAAAGACACUUCACAAGAGGAAGUUUCACAGAUGAUGACUGUGAUGGCUUCAAUCAAAGAACAGCUGAGUAAGAUAAGGGAGAGAUGUUUGCCUCUGCUUCGGGAGUCUCAAUCCCUUUUACCUCCACUGGAGGAAAUGGAGAAGAAUAUCACCGGCUUCUACCAAGCUCUGGAGAAGGCUAGUCAUAUUACCAGCACCACUGACUCGGAGGGACCAGUAGACUUUAAACAGAAAUGCCAGGAACUGGCAACCUUCACACAUAGCUGUAAGAAGUGUCUGACAGUAAUAGAGAAAGACCACCAGAACAUCCAAAAAAUAAUGAACAGCAGUAAAACGCUUGAACAUAUGGAUAUGAGUCUUCUGCAGAAACGAGUAGCAGACCUGCAGACCUCGUCACAGAACUUGAUUAAGGAAUCUACAGAGUGGAGAAAGCAUGUGGAGGCUAACAGCAGUCUUAUGAAGAGGUUUGACGAGUCACGGGUAGAGCUGGAGAAGGUUCUUAAAAUGGCACAGAACUUUCUGACAGAAAGAGGCAACCCAGAGGAGCUGCUCAAGAAGCACACUGAAUUCUUUGGACAGCUGGAUCAGCGGGUCUUGAACACUUUCCUGAAAGCUUGUGAUGAGCUGACAGACAUUUUGCCAGAGCGGGAGCAGCAGUCACUGCAGGAAACAGUUAGAAAGCUGCAUAAACACUGGAAGGAUAUACAGACCGAUACCCCCUUUCAUCUCCUGCACCUGAAGGUGGAGGUGGAAAGAAGCAAGCUGAUGUUGUCAUUGCAGGAGUGCCAGACAGAGUUGACCAGAGAAAACCGCCACCUGGCUAGCAUGGGGAGCGAGAGGCUCAUUAAAGAGCACAGGGCCUUCUUUAGGGAAAAGGGUCCCCAGUCCAUAUGUGAGAAAAGGCUGCAACUGAUGGAGGAACAUUGUCAAAAACUCCCCGAGGGUGACCCAGCUCACCAGACCUUGGAGACGGUGAGAAAGGACUUUGCUGAGGUCCGGGAGGAAAUCGAGAACACUCACCACAAGCUAAUGCAGCACCAAGAUAAAUGGAAGGAGUACAACAAAAGGUAUGCUGAACUUUCCUGCUGGCUUAUAUCUAAAGAAAGCCAACUGAGGCUGCUGAGAAACCGAGCUAACGACCCCAAUAAAUAUGGCCAAGUGAAGGCAACCAUCACGGAGCUGCGGAAUGAUGCUGAGCUACAAGAGGGGAAUCUUGGCUGGCUGAAAAGCCGUAUGGCUGUACUGAUUGAAAUCUGUGCUGACAGCGAUGCCCAGAGGCAAGGAAGCGCACUGAGCAAGCUCUCUACUGAUUUUAAGGGUCUUCUGGCUUCUCUGUUAGAGGCUGAGAAGAUGGUGCUGGCUGUUGGUGAUUGUGUACAGUUUAGGGAAGAGGUACAAACUACACUGGAAGACCUGGUUCAAGGGCAGAAAGAGGCUCAGGCUGAGGUUACCAAAAUCUUGGACUGCUCAACUGCUAGAGAAGCCCAACAACUGCUACUUGUUCAUCAGCAACUAUUAAAACGCCUGAAACUAAAGAGAAAGGAUGUUCAGCACCUAUUCACCAGAGGCCAGCAACUCCAAGCUGAGGAGGGAUUGGGAGAGACCCUGCAGCAGGACCUGCAGAGCUUAGAGAACACACUUAGCAAAAUGGAACAGAAUAUGGAUUCACAGGAGCAAAGCCUUGAGGUCACACUGGCAGCCUGGCAGGAGUUUGACAGCCAACAGGAAGCAGUUCAUGAGUUUGUUAACAAAGCCUGCUCGACUAUGGAGAGAGACCUGAACUUCAGCAGCCCAGAAAGUCUGGCGGUUGAACUCGACCAGGCCAGAGUGCUGCUGAAGCAGUGUGAAGCAGAGGCCUUACAUAUGAACACAUUGCUAAAGAGAGCAACAGAAAUCCAGCUGGGUCCAAAAAACAAGACUCUGCUUGUUCAGCAGGCUCGUUCCCUCAGCGAACAAGUGGAUAAAGCAGAGGCUGGACUGAAAAAAGAUGUCAAGAGUCUAGAAGAAAUGAAAGAUCAGUGGGAUCGAUUUGGAGCUGGAUUUGAAGGCUUUUCCUUAUGGAUAUCUGAAAAGGAAAAACAGCUGGAUGCAAUGAAGUCUUCUACUUUGCCUCUUGAGGAACAGAUUGAUGCGGUCAAGGCUGUUGCGGCAGAACUUCAGUCUCGAGCUGAGGUUCUUUCUCAGCUGGAGACAGACUCCCAGGCCCUGGCUCAGUUUGUGUCUUCGGGGGAGGCAGCUCGCAUCAAGGCUCGCUUGACCCAAAUAGGCAGGUACUGGGAGGAGCUGAAGGAAAGUGUUCAGCAGCUUGAUGGACAGCUGGAGGAAAGCUCUUCUCACCAGCAGAAGUUCAAAAUGAGCCUGGAAGAGGUACAAGCAUCUCUUAAUGAGUUAUAUACAAAACUGGAACAUCCUAUCAAAUCCUGUACCUCCUCAUCAGAGACCUAUAAAGCCCUUCAAAACCACAUGGAUGUCUGCCAGUGUCUCGACCGGCUGAAAGGAACCUUGUUGGCGCUGUCAGCUGGUGCCCGGCGACUGAGUGACAAAGAGCAAGCAGAGCAGACUGUGACAAAGCUAAACACCACCUUUGACCAGCAUGUACAGGAAGCAAAGGACAAACAGAGCACUUUGGAGAACCUGCUUUCUCUUUGGCAAAAGUAUGAGAAACAGCAUUCAAACUUCGUUUCCUGCUUGGAAAGAAGUGAAUCUGCAUCCAAACCAGAAAGUCCGUUUCUGUCAGCUGACAAAGCCAAGCUCCGCAGUGAGAUGCAGGAUUUGCAGGCCCUGCAUUCUGAGGUCCAGUCCCUUGAGAGGGCUCAUACUGAAUUGGUAUCUGUGGGGACAUCGUUGUAUCCCACUGCACCCGAGGAGAGAGUUACUCAGCUGAAAGAUGAGCUUGAGACCCUGCAGAGGCGAUUGCAUGUCCAAAAUGAAGUUCUCCCUCAAAGAAUCUCAGAGCUUCAGAGCCACAUUUCAUUGGUAGAGCAGUUUGAUCAGGCCUUGCUUAAGUUCUGCCAGUGGAGUGAGAACAUGCUCUCAAAUCUGCACUCAGCUCCUCAAAUCAAAAUUGGCAACCUGCAGUCUGCUGCAAUGCAAGUAAAGGAGAUGCAGGCAGCCCUGCAGAAGCAAUCCAGUGUGAGAGAGAGCUUGGAGCAGCAGACUGAAAAGCUCUGUCAGUUCUGUGAGCCCAGUGAUGCCCAGCUCCUACGUAGCAGAGCAGAUAGCUGUCUGCAGCCCUACAUGGAGGCCCAAAACAUAGCCGAGCUCCAGUUAGAGAGUCUGGAAAGGCUUGAGGCUUUUUUGCAGACCCACAGUGUGGUGGCUGGAGUGUUACGGGGUCUGAGACAGACAGUUGAAAGUGCUGGGAGCUGGGACCGUGGAAGAGUAGAGGAGCUGCAGCAAGAGCUGACCACUGUUGUUCCAGACAUUAGUCAACUUGAGACUCUAGCCAUCAAUCUGGACAGCAGUCUAUGCAAAAGUCAUCUUCACAUCGGGGCUGAUGAGGGUUCUCCCAAAUCAUGUCGCAUGCUGGCGGAUUCACUUAGUGCUGAGCUGGAUGCAGUGAGGAACUUGCUUGGUACUAAGCAGAGUGAAGCCGAAGCCCUCGGGGCUCUGUGGACUUCAUUUAGACAGCGGAAAGAACAGCUUCUCAAAGCAGUGGAAGAUAUUGAAGAAAAAGCAGACCGCCAGAGUCUCAAAGAGCCUAGCCUCCAUGCUUUACAGCAGCGACUUCGGUUCUUUAAUCAGCUUGAAGAUGAGCUCCAGUCACACCAGCAUGAGGAGCAGUGGCUGAGGGACAAGGGCAACCAGCUGGCCCAGAGAGAUGCAGAGUUGGCUGGGGAGGUACUGAGGGAAAUCAGCUUGCUAGAGACUACAUGGGAGGACACCAAGAGGCUUAUCACAGAGAGGCAGGAGCAGUGCAGUGUUCUUGCUGAGCUUAUGAGAGAAUAUCAAAUCCUGAAAGCCUCUCUCAGCACCAUUAUUGAGAGUGCUGAACCUCUGCUUGAGAUAGCCUCUGUUCUGAAGGACCAUGAGGAAAGUAAGAGGUCACUAACCAAGCAUGAAGCAGUGAAGGUGGAUCUGGCUGCCAAGCAGCAUGAACUAGAUCAGUUUUCUAGCAAAGGAAAACAGCUGGUGACUGAACUGAAGAAGAUCCCUGAGUGUGACUCUCAAAUGAUGAAAAAGGAUAUGGAGACACUUGUUGAUCAGUGGUUGGAUGUGUCUGAGAGGAUAGAUGACAACAUUGAUCGCCUAAACCAGUGUUUGGGGCUGUGGGACAAUGUGCGUAAAAUCAAUGAAAAUAUUGAGAGCUGGACUGGCACAUGUGUGAUUGAGCUAAAUGAAAGCCUGAACAACCUAAACAACAGUCAGAAGAUGUCAGCAAGGCUUUCAGAGUUGCAGUUGGAAAUUGGAGAGAAGGAGGAGAAACUUGAAGCCCUGCAAAGUAAAGUGUCCGAAUUAAAGAAGUGCAGUCAAAGUCAAGAGACUCCAGCUAAAUUACAGGUGUUGGAGAAUGACCUGCGGAAAAAGAUCAGCACUGUCCAGAAGCUACAUGAGCAGGCCAUGGGAAACCUCAUGGACUUUAGUUCCCAACGGAAACAGCUAGAAGACUACAUUUCACAGAUGUCUGCAUGGCUAAAAAGUAUGGAAGAUUCUCUAGUCUCUUCUCCAACUGGAUCAGAUCCUGAGGAUAUAUGCAGAGUGAAGGACCUUCAGAAGGAGCUGCAAAAUCAGCAGGGGAGUAUUGACUCCACCAGAGAGAGCCUCAACACGUUGUGCAGAAAAUAUCCAUCUGAGGAGCUGGCUGGUUUAGGUUCAGCUCUCACUGAUCUUAUCAAGACUUAUGAGUCUGCAAAUCAGCUUUCUGCCAGGACACUUGCCUCCCUACAGAACUGUCUUCAGCAGCAGUUCAAUGACCUAGUUCAGGAGUUUCAUCGCUGGCUUUCAGAGCAGAGGGAGAUAGUGAAAGAAUGCUCUGAUCGAUCAGGAGACACUCAGGUUGUGGAACGCAAACUGCAGAAACUAAAGGGUGCCAUGGAUCGUGUGGAAGAAGGUGAGGUACGUCUGACUCAAGUCUGUGAGGAAGGAGAGAAGCUCCUACUUCAUCUUCCCAAAGCCAGCGCUGGGCAGGUCCAGCAGCAUCUUUCAUCCAUCCAGCAGGACUGGGACAGCUUUGUGGAGCAGUGCAGACAGAACCAACAGAUCCUGGAGGACAGUGCAUCCCUCAUGAAAGGGUUUGAGAGUCGCCUUAAGAAGCUCAGAUGGUGGUUGGAACAUAUGGAAAAGAAAAUGACCACAGAUCUCCUUGAAGCCCAACAGCGUGGUCCAGAAAAAGCUGUCCUGGAGCAAGUGGAGGAAUAUCAGCAGGAAGUGCUCAAAGAAAGGGAUUCAUUUGAGCGUCUCUGUCAGGAGGGGCAGGCACUUAAUGAGGGUGGGCGAGGUGAUGGAAGUGAAACAAGAGUUUCUGCUCAGCUUCAAUCACAACACCAGGCCUUGCUAAGGCGUGUGAGAGAGAGGCUGCGCAGUUGCCAGCUCACUUUACAAGAGCAACAGGCCUUUGAAGAGACACUGCAGGCUACCUGGGCCUGGCUCAAUGGUGUCCAGGAGCGCCUGGCUUCACUCAACAGCACAGUUGGCAAUAAAGAGACUCUGGAAAAAAGACUAGGUCUUGUACAGGAUAUCCUGCUAAUGAAAGGUGAAGGUGAGGUGAAACUCAACAUGACAGUAGGAAAAGGUGAACAGGUUCUAAAGCACAACAGAAUGGAGGGGCAAGAAGUAAUUUGUUUGCGGCUCCAGAGCCUGAAGGAUGCUUGGGCUAACAUGUUGAUGACUUCUAUGAGCUGUCACAGUCGUCUGGAGUGGACAGUAGCCCAGUGGACCAGCUAUCAGGAAAACAAGAGCCAGCUGCAGCAGUGGAUGGAGUCAGUGGAGCAGGAGGUGGGGAUUACUCUGCCUCAGCAGCCAGGCCUCAAAGAGAAGUCGGCUUUACUUGAGCGCCUCAGAGCCAUCCAGGCUGAUGUGGACGCUCAUGCAGCAGUCCUGUCACGCCUAACAGACAAAGCGGUGGAGUUGCAUGAAAAAACUGGCGACCAGACCUUUGGACCAGAGUCAAGGGCAGAGCUUAAUGCACACUUUGCUGAUAUCUCGGCUGUUGUCAAGGGUAAAGUGCAGUCCAUGCAAAACAUUGUUUCUGAGCAUGAGCAGUAUCUCGAUGCUGUGAGAGACUUCAACGACUGGCUAAUUUCAGCAAAAGAGGAACUCCAGCGCUGGUCUGACCUGUCAGGAGACUCAGUCUCCAUUAAAAGAAAGCUCUCCAAAGUGCAGGAGUUGCUUGACUCUAAACAGCGAGGCAGAGAGAGGCUGAGCCGAGUUCAAAGAUGCGGAGCAGUGGCAAGAGACUAUACUGGCUCAGGGGGAUAUGAGGCUAUAGAGCGAGAAGAAGCAGCCCUCUUGUCAUCAUGGGAACAGUGGGAGCGGGCAGCACUGCAGACACGUGCAAGUCUAGAGACCACACUCUCACAGAUAGCAAGCUCUGAACAGGAGUUCAACAGCCUGUCAGCACAGCUGGAGCAGGACCUGCAGGACUUUAGCCGCCAGCUACAGGACUGGCGACUAAGGCUGACCCAAGCAGAGAGAAAAAUUGAUGGAGAGGAAGCUGUUAAAGGCUGGCAGAUAGCAAAGGCAAGUGUGGGCUUAGUUUGGUUCCAAUGA